ACGUGUGACAUCCCGGCUCGGGGAGCUGCUGAUGGGAGAGAGCUUUCCUUUCUCUCCAGCGGCACCGUGACCUCUGGGACCGGCAGAUCGCAGAGCGGCACGGUCUUCUCACAAAUGGGAUCUCGGUGGCUUUGUUUGCUGUAGUUGCCCGCAGAUGACAGGCAGGCUGUGCGUGCUGGCUAGCAGCGUGUACCUGGGCCUGCCCUGCUUCAACAUCUUGGACUGCCCAGAUCAGAUUUCACUCCUGUUAUUGCACUUAAGAAUGAACAUUGAAGACAAGCUGGGAGGAUUAUUUCUUAAAUGUGGUGGCAUAGACCAGAUGCAGUCAUCCAGGGCUAUGGUAGGGAUGGGUGCAGUAUCUGACCAGUCCGGAGUGUCGGGAGAACGGCAAGAGGCAGUGCUUCAAGAUCGGACUAUGGCGCACCAGGAAAUUCUUGCACCAGACGAAGUGUUACAGGAAAGUGAACUUCGACAGCAAGAGAUGAUUUCACAUGAUGAACUCAUGGUCCAUGAGGAGACGGUAAAAAAUGAUGAUGACAUGGAUACGCAAGAUAGACUUCCUCAAGGGCUGCAGUAUGCUGUUAACGUCCCUAUCAGUGUAAAGCAAGAAAUUACCUUUACUGAUGCAUCUGAACAACAGAAACGAGACAAAAAACAAAUACGAGAGCCAGUAGAUUUGCAGAAAAAGAAGAAAAGAAAACAGCGUUCACCAGCAAAAAUCCUUACAAUAAAUGAGGAUGGAUCACUUGGUCUGAAAACCCACAAAUCUCAUGUUUGUGAGCAUUGCAAUGCUGCCUUUAGAACCAACUACCAUUUACAGAGACAUGUCUUCAUUCAUACAGGUGAAAAACCAUUUCAGUGCAGUCAGUGCGACAUGCGUUUCAUACAGAAGUACCUGCUACAGAGGCAUGAGAAGAUUCAUACUGGUGAGAAGCCAUUUCGUUGUGAUGAAUGUGGUAUGAGGUUUAUUCAGAAGUAUCACAUGGAAAGGCACAAAAGAACUCACAGUGGAGAGAAGCCUUACCAGUGCGAGUAUUGUUUGCAGUAUUUCUCCAGGACUGAUCGUGUGCUGAAACAUAAACGUAUGUGCCAUGAGAACCGUGACAAGAAACCCAACAGAAGUGCCACCAAAGUUGGCUUUUUGCCAUCGGAGGAAGAUUCUGGUUUCUCUACGCCUAUGAAAGACAGCUCCUUGCCAAAGAAGAAAAGGCAGAAAACAGAGAAAACAAAAUCUGGAGAUAAGGACUGUACGGAUAAAUCAGAGCAGAAGAAGGACAAAAAUGACUAUUUGCCUUUGUAUUCUGCUAGUACGAAAGUAAAAGAUGAAUAUAUGGUAGCAGAAUAUGCUGUCGAGAUGCCACAUUCUUCUGUCAGUGGGUCGCACUUAGAAGAAGCAAAUUCUGGAGAAAUACACCCUCCCAAACUCGUUCUCAAGAAAGUUAACAGCAAGAGGAGUCUUAAACAGCCACUUGAGCAAAGUCAAAGCAUUUCACCUUUAUCUACAUAUGAAGACAGCAAAGUUUCAAAGUAUACCUUUGAUCUUGUGGAUAAACAGAGUUUACUGGACUCUGAAGGUAAUGCUGACAUUGAUCAAGUUGACACAUUACAAGAAGGGCCCAGUAAACCUGUACACAGCAGCACUAACUAUGAUGAUGCAAUGCAGUUUUUAAAGAAAAAGAGGUAUCUACAAGCAGCUAGUAACAACAGUAGGGAAUAUGCCUUGAAUGUAAGUACCAUAGCAUCUCAGCCUUCUGUAACACAGGCAGCUGUGGCAAGCGUCAUUGAUGAAACUGCCACAGCUUCGAUAUUAGACACACAGGCACUGAAUGUUGAAAUUAAAGGCAGCCAUGACAAAAAUGUCAUUCCAGAUGAGGUACUGCAAACUCUGUUAGAUCAUUAUUCACACAAGGCUAACGGACAGCAUGAGAUCUCCUUCAGUGUGGCUGACACUGAGGUGACCUCCAGUAUAUCAAUCAAUUCUUCCGAAGUAUCUGAGGUCACCCAAUCUGAGACCGUUGGAACAAGCUCUCAAGCUUCCUCAUCAGAUAAAGCUAGUAUGUUACAAGAAUACUCAAAGUUUUUACAACAAGCUUUGGACAGAACUAGCCAAAAUGAUGCCUAUUUGAACAACCCAAGCCUUAAUUUUGUGACUGAUAACCAGACUCUUACAACCCAGCCAGCAUUUCCUUCCAUAGAGAAGCAGGUCUACACUUCUAUCCCCGUCAACAGCUUUCGCUCGGGAAUGAACUCUCCAUUAAGAACAACUCCAGACAAGUCUCAUUUUGGACUAAUGGUUGGUGAUUCGCAGCACCCUUUUCCAUUUUCAGGUGACGAGGCAAAUCAUUCUUCCUCCUCCUCUACACAGGACUUCUUGGAACAAGUAACUUCUCAGAAGAAAGCAGAGGCACAGCCUGUUCAUCAAGCAUAUCAAAUUAGCUCCUUUGAGCAGCCCUUCAGAGCUCAGUAUCAUGGGGCAAGAGCUGGAAUAUCAUCUCAAUUUAGCACUGCCAAUGGACAGGUGAACCUUCGGGGACCAGGGACAAGUGCUGACUUCCCAGAAUUUCCCUUGGUGAAUGUAAAUGAUAGCAGAGCUGGGAUGACUUCUUCACCUGAUGCCACAACGGGCCAGACUUUUGGCUAAGAAAUCUUUGUAAAUAAUACUGGCACUUUAGAACACAUUUGUCAAAAGGGGGUUGCUCUGUAUAAGAUGGAGUUCUGUACAGCUUUUAAGAGCGCUAUGUUAAAACAAAAGUAAGCUGAUAUUAGCAAGACCAAUAACUGCUUUAUAUUUUUUAUUUCCUUUUUCCUGGUUAGUAACCAGUAAUUGAUCUGCCUCACGUCGUUGCCCUUAUCAAAGGCAGAUUAUUAUUCACUUGUUUGAAUCCAGUAAUUAUUUUAACUUCUAUAAAAUUUAAAAUAAACAGAAUCCCCAGGUAAGACUUUUCCCCCAUGAUUGCUUCCUUACUGGUUUCCUGGUGUGCUUUGGGAAGACAGUUUAUUGUCUGCUACUAUUCAUAUUGUCAUUUUCAGGCUUGUCAGUGUAGUCAUUGCUCUUCAUCAGGGAACCAACGUGUACUGAACACACAGAAUAAACUGCAAGUUUAAAAGUCAAGCAGAUAUGGCUUUAAAAGAUGGCAUUUUCUGGAAAAAUAAUCUCGCUUCCAUCUCUCUCAAAAAAUAAUUUUAGAUCACAUGCCCUUUGUUUCUGCUUUCCAUUACCUUGAGUUGUGUUUGGAGGAAAAAAUGAAUUCUGGUAGACUAACUCUACUAUUUAAAAGUCGAAUUGAUUUAAAAUUCUUUAAACAAUUUUUUAAGCAAACACAUAACUGCUAAUGCAUUUACUUCGUUCCUGAAGUAAUGUGUAUUUCUUUGUACAGCUGAAUCUAGAUGUAACUUUUUAAUGACUUUUUUCAUAUGCAGAUAUCAAGAUUUUGAAGUUUUAGUUAAAAUAUUCUGUAGAUAACAUUCCCAGUUACAUAAUACUUACACAAACUGUGUAUUCCAAGAUUUAAAAGCUUAACUGUACCUUACCCUACAUACUCACGAUUAACAUAGAGCACUUAGUCUAUUUGAUUGAUUUGAUUUCUCAAAAAAAGAAAAAAAUUAAGAUUUUUAGGUUUGAUACGGUUGCAUCAUUUUCAUCUCAUACAGCUUCCAAUAUACAGUGAGACUGGGUAUCCUGAGCUUCUGUCUUAAUUCUCUGUCUAGAAUUAUGACAGUUCAGCUCAUUAAAUUAAUCAAAAUAUCCCCAUGAGCUGAAGAAGUGGGCAUUCAAAUUUCAUGCAUCUUCUUAAUGUUUGAUUAGAGAAGGUCAUUCCAAUUUUACCAACCAAAACUGUUGAGUAAUGCUAGUGAACAGGAUUUCUUUCUCAAUAUAAAUGAGCGAUCAGAAGUUUUCAUUGCAUUUCACAAUAUAAAUAAACUACAAAGUUUAUCCCUCUACCACAAAUAUGGUUUUUUGAAUAGUACUUUGUCUUGAAGUAUGCAGUAUGGUACGAUAAGUAGUUCUGUGUGCAUUUUUAAGGUGGUAAGAUUUGAGUAGCAUAACUAUUGUGUAGUUUAAGUUAACAAUUUACAGAUUUUUGAACUGUAUGUUCAUAAUAUUGCACCUUCCCUAAAGGGACACUGUCUGGUAGUUUAAGGCAGUUUAAGCCUAAUGUAGGCUGAUUAACCAGGGAAAAACAUGCACGCGCAGACACGUGUGUGUGUGUGUGUGAAUAUAUAUAUAUAUAUAUGUAUGUAUAUAUAUAUGUAUGUUUUUUUUUAUAGGAUUGCAAACAUUCUUUUACAGCACUAUUGCUAGCUGGUAUUUCUCAGAUGAAGCCAUCAUGUAGGAGAAAAUACUGCAUCUCAUGGAGCUAUAAAAUAUAUCUUGCUUUUGAAGGGACUUGAGCAGGGCACAGAAUAGUCCCCACCUCUUCUGAAAACAGUAGCAAUUUAUUGUUUUUUUUUCUUUUUGAUAGGAAGCUGAUUUUACAGGUGGUUUUUUUUCUUUCUUUCUUUUUUUUUUCCCUUAUGGUAUCACUAUUAAAGCACUAACUUCACUUGGUACAAUUCAGGGAGAAAGCAUGUUUGUAAUCCAUGGCUUGCUUCCUGCAUUGUCAGGAAAUACAAAUUGCAUAAAAUUCUCACUAAGUAUUUUUGUAUAGGAAAACAAAUCAUGUUUUGACUUGUGUGUUUAAUAUAAGGAAGGUGUUUCUGCAUGUUAUCACUUGCCAGUAACUUGGUCUGAAUAUUUGGCCCUGAAUUAAAAAAAAAGAAUGUGCAUCAAGGGAGAAGAGUAAAUUCCUUGUGGACUAUUAAUAAUACAUGUAAAACAAAAAUUAUUGGAAAGAAUAUUUUCAAUCUGAUUCAUGUCUCUGUUUUUCUUCCUUUGUGGUCAGUUGGUUGGUUUUUGAUUUUCUUUUUUUUUUUUUUUUGGCUUUCCAUUCUGCUUUGCACAGAUAUAAUAAAUAUGGCCCCCAUAGCCUCGAAGCCACCUCCUGUUACACCUGUUUUGUUCUCAUCGUUCUAUUUCCAUGACAUCCUAGUUUGUGCUGCCUGCUUAAUAUGUUGUUGACAUCUUUGUUCUAAUGUCCUGUUGUUGCAAGUAGAUGACCAUUACUAGUAAUACUGUUUGCUGUAAAUACGACAAGCAGCAAAUGCCAAAAGAAAAAGGAAAAACAAAGAAAAACAAGUGGGAGGGGUGGGGGGUGGCUGGGAGAGGGCAACUAGAUUAUUACUGCACUAGUCUGGUCUGGUAGGAAAGUAAAAGGAAUAAAAAGCCUGAAUCUCCUAAAGCAGAUUGACUCAUUUUUACUUAACAAAAGUCACUGCAUUGAUUCUCUGCUGAGAGAAGGUGAUGGAGGAGUAGCAGGGAGCGCUGUUGCCUCGCGCCAUCUUCACUCUUAACAAAUCGCUGCUUGGGUAUGUGAGUGAGCAAGCUGCUGUACAGAGGGAAGGAACUCACCCUUCCCCAGAGCAAAGUGGGAGUCAUCUGAGAAGAUGUUAUUCCUUCUGUCGUAGUUCCUUCUCCAGUCUUCUGAUGAGCCAUUACAGCUAUCCUCAGUGCCUUAGGACAGGCUGUGAAGUCCCAGUGUAGCCUGUGGGGAAUAUCUAUAGGAUUCUCAAGUACCUGAUCUGCCGAUGCUUGAAGCUUUCUGUGACAGAGGAGUUAACCAAAUAUACUGCUAUCAUUUCCUGAGUGCAUGCCCUUUCAUUCUGGAAAAAGUCUGUAUGUAGUUCUGGGAGACUGCUCUGUGUAAAAGCUUGCGCUUCGUCAAUAAUUACAUUAUUUAAUAAGAUUUUCUACUGUUAAAAUCCUGCUGCUUCUAAUCUGCUACAGAUGCAUGUUCUUCGUUUCAAGCAGGUCGCUGUUCAUUUCUGUUAGUUUUCCGUGGAUGUCCAAAAGAGCUGAAAAAGCAGCGACGUCGGUGUUAGUUCUGUUCUUGUACUGCUGUGGUCGCUCAGCAGAAGUUGGAGUUAGCAUCUGUAUUGCAUAGAGCGAGCAACACAGGUUCUUUCUGAAGGGUCAUGCAGGCUGCAGGUGUGUGUAUGUGUGUCUGCUUUUGUGGCUCUCUCCAGCCACAAUGAUUUUUUUUUAAAAGAGGAAAUGGAUGAUGUUUAUUACCAAACUAUAUAUAUACAUAUAUGUCUAUAUAUAUAGACACAUAGUCAUAGGCCAUAUUUUGGACCUAAAUUACUUGACAGUGUCCCUUUUAGCAUGAGUCCUUUGGUAUAUUUUACCGUUCACGUAACAGACGAUGAAGGAAUCAGCUUGGAAUGGUAUCCUAAUAAGCAUUUACCUUUUCUUCUUUUGAUUUGAGAAUGAAUUAAUCACAAAUGGCAAGGUUUAGAGAGAAGGGUUAACAAUGUGUAUCGCUGUACACUGGUUUACAAAAUACAUAAAUUGAAUGAUAAAGGAAUUAUGUUAACGAUCGCGUGUCUCCUAGUAUUGUCUUGAGGAAAAUGGUGUUUCAGGAAGAAAAUAGGACAAGAAAGUAUCUGCAUGAAUUAACACUUGCAUUACUUUUCUAUUGUACUUGUCGGUUUUCUGGAUGAGGGGAACUUUUCAUUGUUAAUUGAGAAGUACAGUAAAAUCUUGCUAAUUCGCUGACAGCUAACCAGAGCAUCCCAUAGGUUUAUAUGUCCCCUAUGGUCUCUCUCUUCCCACCUCUCUGCGAUGUGCUAAAAAGUACAGUAGCCAAGUCUCGUAUGAGUAAUACUGUACUGCUUCACCUGAGUAUACUACAGAAUCUAUGUCAGUAUACUGGGAGGUACACGAAGCACUGCAAACUAAAUCACAAUUGUCAGAAUAAAUGAACAAAGUACCUUUUGUGAUGUGACAUCCUUGCUUUCAUUGCCUGCUUCUUCACUACUUUCAAAAUUGUGAUUUCUAAAGGGUUUCCGAGUCACUGCUGCGAAUUAUUGGGGUUCUACUGUAACUUUUGGAAGCAUUCGUAUGUUGUCCUAUGAAAACUUUCCACCUGGACGUAUACAUGAUAUUCCAUGCUUGUUCAGAAUAUUUUUACAGUGUUUGUAUCACGCGUAGUAACUAUUUGAAAUGAACCAGAAUAUUUGGGUGAAUUCAGUCUGAAUUUUGCAGCAUUGGAUUUCUUUAUGUAUGUAUAUUUGCCAACUAAAUAUUCUUGGUUUUGAGAGCUUUGGUUUUUUUUUUUUUUCUGUUUGUUUGUUCUUUGUUGGCCUGUUUUAAUACCAUUACAAAUUGCAGGGAAAACCCUAAUGCUCCAGGGAAUACGUUUGACAAAUCUAAUAGGCAGAAAUCUGCUUCUGCAGUCGGUACCAGUACACAUGUGAACUUUCAGAUUACAUGGUUGGUACUGAGGCAAGCUCAUCGUGUUACACUCUGCUAGUUUUAAAUGUGUUACGGAGAUGAAGCCUUGUAACUUUGAAAGUUCAUUCGACUUACGGUAAUGCAUGUUUGUGUUAGGCAUGUAAUGCAUUUAGCUGAAGCUCACUUGGCAAGGGGCAAGUACUAGAAAGUAUUACUGCUAAUGAGAAGAGUUGUCUCUAAGUUAAAACUUCAACCUUUGUUCAAGUUUAAAUUGCUUUGUGUCAGGGAAAUACAUUUAUAGUCGCUUUUGCUCUACUCUGCGUAAAGAACCUUAUGUUUCCUUUUUAAAAUUGUAACUUUUGGUAGGAAACACAAACUGAGGCAAGCAGACAUUUCUAAGAGUUGUUUCUUGCUCUCCUUAAUCCAAUGGAUGGAAAGGUAAUAUGUGUAAACAACAUUAUUUUAUUUUUUUAUGCAAUAUCAUGCUGUAAAUAUGAUUUAUCAAAUAAGGAUGUACCUAUGAUUGAAUCUUUGAUUCUGCACAGUUAGAGUUUAUAUAUAAAUAUAAAUGUCUUGACAAUCAAGGACUUAUGUCAGUCUUCCUUUAUGAUGUUUAUUAUUGUUAUGCAUUCCAUUUGUUUGAAUCGAGUACCGAUGUGGAAAUUUGUAUUGUCUGUAAAGUAUGUAAUGUUUUUAUAGCCUGUUUAAAGAAGAAACAACAAACGCUGUAAAUAGGUCUGGACUGAUGGCAGUACCGCUCUGUUCGAAGGCGUACGAUGUUGUACUGUUUGUAAGCAAUAAUACAUGACAGUGCUAACUUUACGAGUAGCAUAAGGAUAAGUUCCAAAAAUACCUUUGGGGAGUUAAUAGCCUUGAGUGAAUGAAUAUUCUUAAUCGUUUUUUAUAAAUAAAUUCAAAUGUCCUCCUGCUGGAGUAGGUAACAUUGUUUACACAGCACAAUCUCAGUCACAGAGAGGACAGCCUUUAGAUCCAUGGCUUCAUCCGUGCACACUUUGAGUAAGAAAGGAAUGGCUUGGCUGCACUUCUGCGAGAGGAGGAAGACUGCAAAAGUUGAAUAGCUGUGUCUCUAAAGGAUGAGAGAUACUAUUCUGCUUCUGUGCUGAUUCCUGACAACUCCUCUGCUUAAAUUUGGAGUCUUUAAGUCCUGAUACUGAGCUGACGAGACUUGGGCCUCCAGUACAAAGGAGUGGUUCUCUCCGUAUUUCGUAUGCAGUUAAACAGUGAACUUCCAAGUCACAUGUUCAGUUGAGUUGCGUAUUUUUCCAGUUGUGAGCUAUGAGAUGAUGAGUUUAUUCCGACAAAUAAACUAAACGUCAAACUUAUAGUUUGAAUUGAGUAGGGAUUAGACUGUACAGAGCAGCAAAACUAUUUGAACGCAGUCAUCACUGCUUUAGAACCCCCCACCCCGAUUUAUAAAUGUAUAUGACCUACAUUUUAUAGAAAAGAAAAUGUUUUUAAAUGCUAGUCAUUUAUAUAAUAUGUGCUUUGAAGGAUUUGCUAGUCCACUUCUGUCACUUUUAGUACACUGGUAUCUUUUUAUAUGUAAUGUAUGCUUUUUAUUAUUAUUGUAGUAAAGCAUUUCAGUAGGAGGAAUUUUGCAACAGUAUGAGGGGUUGAACUUUUCCUUGUCAGAAAUGAAUUAUACUGGACUUUGUCUGUGUAGUCUUGUCUUUCUUUUAACGCUGUCUGGAAGGGAGCUUGGUGUUCAAUAAAGCAAGUGACCUCCUUUUAUGUUGAAGGCAUACUAUGUAAUGCUGAAUCGGAUCUGGAAACGUGAUGGAUUUGAAGACAGAGCAAUUAGUACAAACUCUAAGCGUGCAGAAGAAACUGUGCUCUGGAAAACCUGGUGAUACAUAUCUAGUGGAACACUGUUACGGUGCAUUUUCUGAUCUAGUGUUAUUUUCCUCAAGUCCAAAUGCCUUCUUCGUACUUCAACUAAUAAACAGAAAAAUCCAUAUAGAUAAACUUAGGACAAUAGGUUUAUUUAGAUAAUUAUACAGUAUUUCUUUAUCCUACGCCAUCUAUUCCGUCCGUUUAUUACUAGGCAAAAGAUCAUAACCUGAAUUCCAUCAGUAAAAGUAUGUAUAUUGAUAAGAGAUGGUUUUGUAGGAACUGGGCAAGGAUGAAAUUUGUAUAUUCUUUAUGACAGAAACCAAGGUGGGGGUCUGUCUGUACUCCUGGGAGAUGAGGAAGUCCCCGAUACAAAGAAUGUGUGUGUGAGUGUGUGUGUACAUAUGUGAAAGAUGCAUGGGCCUCCUGGCAAAAGUGAUACAAGUGUAAAAGGAUUUAAUGUAGCUCAACACAUGACUUAUGUUUAGUAUGUAAAAGAAACGUAUAAAUUUCAUAAUUCAAAAAGACAAAAAUAGUUUUGCAGGAAACAAAACUAUUUGGAUAGCAGGCUUGACCAAAUAAAUGUUUUGGUUAAACUUGAUAUAUUUUAAAUGAUUCUAUUUCUGCCUUUAUUUCUGCCCUAAAAGCAACCUAAAGUAUUUUGGGAGUUACUCUUAUCUGUUCCUUUGACUGUGAGUGUAAUUUAUAUCAUGGUUUACAAAACGUGGCAUGAAGGAUCGGAUUGUUUUAUCUGUAUAAUACAAUGAAAGAUGGCUUUUUUUACAUAAUCACGGUGAAUGGUAUUGUAUUAGGAUUGAUUUAUUCAUUCGGUGACUUAAUGAGUUCCAUCGCUUUUGACAUAAUUGUUUUCUUAUGGUUAACUUAGUCAUUUGGGGCUUAUAAUACCCUCCUAUGUAUUGUGAUACUAAGGGAAGUUAUGUUUUCGCUUUAUUUUUAAUUAAACUAAUAGUUUGAUAAUUUA